AUGGACGGCAAAACCUUUAUCAAACUGUGCAAGGACUGUAAGCUUGUGGACAAGAAGCUCACAGCCACGGACGUGGACCUGAUCUUUGCCAAAGUCGCGCCGAAGGGCCAGCGCCGCAUCAGUUUCGAGCAAUUCGGCACAGCUUUGGAACAUCUGGCCACGAAGAAGGGGACGUCUCCAGAGGAUGUGAAGUCUUCGAUCACGCAAUCAUCAGGACCAACGCUCAGUGGAACGCAGGCCGACGCAGUGCGCUUCCACGAUGACAAGUCCACCUACACGGGGACGCACGUCAACGGCGGGCCCGACCGCGUGGCCAAGGGCACCGGCACCGCGACGCAGCUCGCUUCGUCCGGCAUGGGCACAGGCCACAGCGGCAGCCACCCGGAGCCACGCCUCGCGGAGCCACGCCUCUCGGAGCCACGCCACUCGGAACCGCGCCACUCGCAGCCCGGGUCUGCGGCGGGGGCGUGCGGCGGAAGCGGGUCGUGA